UUUCCAUUGGCGAAUGGAGCCGACAAACCGAAAGAGGCCGGGCAAUGGUUCGCCUUCUAGAUCCGGAUAACCCAAGCGUUAUUAUGGACCAAUUCACUGUUUGUGGAUUCUACGUCAUGAAUAUCUACAAGUUGCUAUCGACAGUGGGCAAGAAAACCCCUUUCAAGCUCGUAUCUGCUGCGCCUGCCCUUGGCACUUGCGAUCUUGUACCUGGCCAAUCAAAAUUGACUCUGGAAUACUUGCAGCUGCUGAUUUAUGGAGAGGCUGAGUCGACGUUAAAUGGAAAGGAUAUUGAUCUUACACAAUUUCACACCUAUGUGAGGUAUUUCGCGCAUACACCAGAGCGCAGGCGAACGGAAAUUGCUUAUGGGGAUUGCUAUAUCAUGCCAGCUAUCCCUAAUUUUGCAAUCUGCCCCGAAUGCUUCGUAGAUCUUGCGCAAGCAGAAGUCGAAACAGGCUUCCGCCGCCAUGUCUACUCCAAUCGAAUGAGGGACGUUCUACUGGAGUGUCUCCGCCAAAAUGAUCUAAAUUCUCUUCGAAGUCAUGUCGAAGGUCAGGAGAGAAUGAGCCAAGAGUUUGCUGCAGACGGAUUCACUCAAGAGAAUAGACUGAGUGCAACGGCCACGCAGACAAGGAUGAAUACUCAACGAAUCGCCACAGCUAUCGACGCUCUCAGGGUAGACUGGAGGAGAACCGUGGAAUGA